GUCAAAGAACAACUCUAGGGUGACGAAUGGCUUCCAUACCACAUGUCAACUUGUGUCGAGUGCUUACUGAAAAUUCUUUAAAUGAUGAAAAAUGUCAUCAAAUCGCAAUUGUUGUGUCGUGGGAUGUAAUAGUACUGAAAAAAAAAGUGAUGGUGUACAUUUUUAUACUUUUCCUAAUCGACCAUGGGAAUUGGAACGAAGGAAAUAUUGGAUAAGUGUUGUCCGUCGUAACACUUCAGACGGUAAGCCAUGGAAGCCAAGUAAAAAUUCAAGAAUUUGCAGUCUACAUUUUUGCGGAGGUGAAAAGUCUAACAAUCCUGCAAAUGAUGCAUACAAUCCAACAAUCUUCCCGUCCGUCUACAAAACGAGAAAAUAUUCAAAUUCAAAAAGAGCGGAGAGAUUAACAGCGAGAAGAAAGAGAUUGCAGGAAGUCACUGCUGGUUUCACACCGCUUAAUAAUUUUUCUUGGACAAACGAGGCAGGAAUCUCCACUGAAACCAUGGACUCAAUGGAUGAUUAUACGAAUGGAGGAAAUAAUUUUGAACAUGUGGCUACCCAAACCGAACCAAUUUUUUUCAAUGAUUCACCGAUACCUAGUGAUGGCCCAUCAACAUUAUUUUGCUGGCAAAAUUCAGUAACUAAUGAAGCUUCCACACAAACAUCUAUCGUCUUGACAAAUAAGUGCCAAGUCAAAGUGUCGAUACCACUACCAAAAAAAACUAAAAAUGUUUGCAUUGGCCCAGACUAUCCAUUAAAAAUGGGAUUUGCUGGAUUUGAGGACAUAAAAGAUGACACAACGAUGAAGCAACUGGGAGGAAUAUCCUUAUCUUUUUUUCACGUGUUACUGGCAUUUAUUCAACCGCAAGAAAAGGGACAGCCAGCUUUUUACAGAAUUUUGAACGGAAAGAAUAGACUGCUAUUGUUCUUAAUGAAGAUGAAACUUGGAUUAAGCUUUGGAGCAAUCGGAUGCAUUUUUAAGGUUUCAAAAACAACUGCUUCAAAUAUAUUUUAUGAAGUUCUUGAAACUCUUUAUGAAAAGACGAAAACUUGGAUAUUUUGGCCUUCGAGGGAAGCAAUAAAAGAAAUCAUGCCUUCAGCAUUCAAGGAUCAUCCUAAUUGUCGUGCAAUAAUAGAUUGCACUGAACUUCCGUGCGACACACCACCAACUGUUGAACAACGAAUCCAUAUGUACUCGAGAUAUAAGGGCGGCUUCACGGUCAAGUUCUUAAUUGCUAUUUCUCCUUCAGGUAUGAUCACCUUCAUUUCUAAAGGAUAUGGUGGUCGCUCUACUGAUGGAUUUAUUACCAAUGAUUCCGGAUUCAUAAGCCUGGUGGAACCUGGUGAUGAAAUUAUGGCGGACAAAGGAUUUCCUCAAAUAAGAACUGUACUUCUCGAACGUCAGUGUGUACUCGUAAUGCCUCCGUUUGCUAUGAAUCCUCAAUUUACAGUGGAAGAAAUUUCUCAGGGUUAUUCGAUAGCAUCAGUUCGAAUUCAUGUAGAGAGGGCUAUUCAACGGGUAAAAAUUUUUUGCAUUUUACGUCACAUUUCUAUUGAAUUGUUAGAAUACAUAGAUAAAAUCAUGUACAUCGCCUGCGUUCUGGCAAAUAACAAAGAACCAAUCAUUCGGUUGGAGGCUCCGGACUCUGAAUAAAACUUCAACAGAAAACAAGAAUUUUUAAAUAUAUUUAUUUUGAUAAAACUUUACAGCAUAAAAACUUGAAAGAAUUAAUAACGAAUUAUAAACUUUUGUAUUCAUAAAAUCUUCCAUAGUUAUUAAUAAAAACACUGGUAUAUAA